AUGACUAUGGCGCGUUUAUCUGCCCCACUUGGAACUGCUAUAAAAUCGCUUGCUCAUGUUGGUGUGCCUGAACAGAUGGACUACGAGGGUAAGUUUAUUGUCCUGUCACCAAUCAAUCCACAAGUUGAUGCUGAAGAACUCUACAGGUGCACCCACGGCUCAGAUACGAAAGAGCAGAUAUGGACUUACAUGAGUUACGGGCCCUUUGACAGCGUACACGGCAUGCGACGGUGGCUUGAAGUUGGAGCAAAAUCGAAAGAUCCACUCUUCUUUGCGGUACACCAUCGCGAAUCGAAGCUUCGGGUGGGGAUGGUGAGUUUUCUAAACAUCAUUUCUGAUAUGCGACGACUUGAGUUGGGACACAUUUGGUAUUCGCUUGAUGCUCAAAGAUCAAACGUAAAUACGGAGUCCGUCUAUCUAAUGCUCUGCGAGGCAUUUGAUAGACGGAAAUACCGUCGAGUUGAGUGGAAAUGUGAUUCCCUGAAUGAGCGAUCACGAUUAGCUGCUAUACGUCUCGGUUUUCAGUUUGAAGGUGUCUUUAGACAGCACAUGAUCGUAAAAGGUCGAAAUCGGGAUACUGCAUGGUAUUCAAUAUUGGACAAUGAGUGGGCUGAUGUUAAAAAGAACAUGGAGAUGUGGUUGUAUCAGAACCCAAACCAGCAGUUGUCCUUAACAACACUUAACAGCAAUAGUCCUUAA